AUCCGCUACAUCAUUGACAAGUUCAUGGACCUGCGCGGGGAGUCCAAGAAGAAGCUGGAAGACGACCCCAGCCUGACCAUCGGCGACGUCACUUCUGUCAACCUCACCCAGCUUCAUGGCGGUAUCCACGACAACAUCAUACCGGAGAAGCUGUCGGUCUGCUUCGACAUCCGUCUGGCGCUGUCGGUGGACCACCAGCAGUUCGAGGACAUGAUCAAACGCUGGUGCGCCGAAGCGGGUGCUGACGUCACGUAUUCCUUCGCUCAGAAGGAUUGCUACGUGGCGUCCACUCCUCUGGACAACACCAACCCCUUCUGGCUGGCCUUCAAGGAGGCUGCUGAGAAACUGAACAUCUCUCUGAAGCCGCGAACGUUUCCUGGCGGGACUGACAGCCGGUACAUUCGUCAGUUAGGCGUCCGUGCACUAGGAUUCUCUCCCAUGGCGCGCACGACCCCAAUGCUGCACGCGCACGACGAAAAUUUGCACGCGGGGACGUACCUUAGGGGCAUCGAGAUUUACGAGGCUUUGGUGCCCGCCCUGGCUAAUGUAGACAGCUUCUAAAUC